GAGUGCGGACCAGUUGCGCCCGAGCGUCGUGCGCGAUACCUUCUUUGUCAUUUGUGUAAAAUGUUCGCGCUCAUUUUACUCGCCGUGGUACUAGUAGUAAUUUACCUGUACAACACUAGAACAUUCAGUUAUUGGGCUAAAAAAGGAGUGAAAUAUGAAAAGCCAGUGAUUCUUUUCGGGAACAAUUCCAAAAACUUCCUUAUGCAGCGGAGCAGGAGCCAGAUGGUCGAAGAAUGGUACUGGAAGUAUCCAGAUGAGAGAGCCGUCGGAUACUACAGGUCAACUACGCCCGAGCUUAUAGUGAGAGAUCCGGAGCUCGUAAAGGAGGUAUUAAUAUCUGGAUUCUCCCACUUCUAUGCCCGUGGAUUUCAUCCAUAUCCAAAAGUAAUUGAGCCUGUGAUGCGUAAUUUGUUUAUAGUCGAAGGAGAUCUUUGGAAGAUGUUGAGGCAAAGAAUGACACCGGCGUUUACUAGCGGGAAGCUGAAAGCUAUGUUUCCUAUGAUAGUGGAAAGAGCUGAAAAAUUACAGAUAAAGGCUUUAGCUGCAUCUAAAAGUGGCGCACCCAUAGAUGCCAGGGACCUUAUGGCCCGGUUCACCACCGACUUCAUCGGGUGCUGCGGGUUCGGUCUUGAUGGGAAUUCCUUAAACGAGGAGGACUCUGAUUUCCGCAGACUUGGCUUCGAUGUAUUCAACGUGACAUUCAGAGACUUCGUCGUUGGAGUACUGAAAGAAGUGUUCCCCGCACUUUGUCAAAACUUAAGAUUGUUUGCCAGAGUUGAGGACAGAAUAUUCAACCUCGUGAAUCAAGUUCAGGAAAGUAGAGGCUACAAGCCAUCGGGCAGGGGUGAUUUCAUAGAUUUGCUUCUAGAAUAUAAAGAAAAAGGACCGAUUACGAUAGAAUCGAUUGAGAAAUUUUUACCAGAUGGUACACCCGAAAAGGUUACCAUGGAGCUUGAUAAUGUCUUGGUAGUGGCGCAAGUGUUUUUGUUUUUCGCGGCCGGGUUCGAGACAUCUUCAUCGACUACAAGCUACACUCUCCACCAGCUUGCUUAUAACCCUGAAGUUCAGAAGAAAGUGCAAAAAGAAAUUGAUGAAGUUCUAGCUAAACAUAACAAUAAAUUGAGUUACGAUGCUGUCAAAGACAUGACGUACCUGGACUGGGCUUUCAGAGAAAGCAUGCGAAUGUUCCCAGCCUUAGGGUAUCUGUUAAGAGAUUGCGUUCGGCAAUAUACAUUCAAAAAUAUGGAUUUGACCGUAGACCCUGGUGUGAAGAUGUUGGUGCCCGUGACAGCACUGCACAUGGACCCCAAAUAUUGGGACAACCCCAAAGAAUUCCGACCCGAAAGGCACCAUCCAGAUGAAUUUACUUCCAAACAGAAAGCAGUAUUCUUCCCAUUUGGAGAAGGACCUCGUAACUGCAUCGGUACUCGCCUGGGCCAGAUGCAGUCGCUCGCGGGACUGGCGGCCAUCUUGUCCCGGUUCACCGUGGAGCCGGCCCCGGGAAGCGUGCGGUUCCCGCAGGCCGACCCUACGUCAGACAUCGUGCAGAGCCCCAAGGGCGGGAAGUUGCCCUUGAUAUUUAAAGACAGGAAAGCGUCGGCUGUGAAUGGAUUCUAAGAUGUGAAAAUAUAGCGCACUUUAAGGCUUGUUUUAGAGUCACGCUGACCCACGCUGACCGUCAGCGCUGACAGCCGAAAUGUAUGAAGCGUCGGCGCGGAGCGAUCAGCGUCACUCAGGAACGUUCCC